AGGCGGGGCCGCUUUGCCGUCACCAAGGUGGCAGAGUCUGUGGACUCCACCGAGGGUGGCUCAGGAAGCACUGCUCCCACACCGGCUCCCCCGGACACUCCUAACCUUGUCCAGCAGCCUCUUGAAGACUUACAGGGCCAGACCUUCUCCGAGCCUCCCUCUGCCAUCCCCUCUGUGCCUCCCUCUAUGUCCUCCUCCCUGGUCAUGGAGGACAGCCCAUCCUCCAUCCCGGCAGAGAAGAGACAUGCAGGUCCUGCACACACGUCUCCCGAGGCAGCUGCCCACGCCGGAUGGGAGCGCAGCAGCGCAGUUGUUACUAGACUUCCUGGCGAUAGGUGGCAGCCCCAGCCCCUGCCUUCACUCUCUUCCUCUGCCUCUCCUCAGCAGCCACCUCUGGGUGGAGGGUCCACCCUCACCCCCUUACCCACUCCUAAUCCUCUCAUUUCUAACCCUCCUGCUGCCAAGAAGGCUGCCACACCCAGCCACAAGCCAGACGCCACUAACCAGCAAGCCAAGAUCCUGGCUUUCAGAAACAGCAAGGCAAAUCUCCACCAGCUGAGCCCUCACCUCCCUCACCCCACAUUGUCUUGGGGCUCAGAGAGGGGCAUUCCCGAGGCCAUCAGUCCCUCCUCACCCCCCAAUGCCGGGAGGAGGAAGACCGAGGAUUGGGAGGAAGGAUCUGCCACGGGGACCAAGGCUUCCAGCACCAAGUCCAGCCCACUUGUAUCUGCCCGAAGCACAUCCUACGAUGCAGACACCGAGGAGUCCUCAGAGGCCUUGCUGAGCCAGGACUCGGGCAGCAGCUUUGAUGCGGCACACCAGAGCACCAGCAGUGUGUCCCCACACACCCACCAGCCAGCCACCCAGAAGGCCGGUGUGUCCCCCAGCCCACAGAGAAGCAAGGGCACUGCCAUCUUGACGGCCUCAUCCCCCAGCCCUCCGAAGGGCAAGAUCAUCAAGUGCUCCAAAUUGGGAGGCAGCAACAACUGGCUGGACCGUAGCAGCAGCAUUCACGACCUGGGCGGUCUGUUUCAGGAGGUGAAGCGCUCCCGGGAGUUUCUGAACAAGUCCCGUGAGUACCUGGCUCGUCCCUCCCUCAAGGUGGAGAGCAGCAGCAUGCCACUGUCCCGCACCAAGAGUGUCAGCAGCCUACAGCACUUUGGCCUGGCCAGUGCCAAAGACAGCGGCCUCUCUAAGUCCUCAUGGGACCUCAACAAUGUCAUUGGCUCCCCGCCAAGCUUCCACUCCCUGCGCACUGCCAGCAGCUCCAGCUUCAGCGAGAGUCACCGGCCUCGCCCCCACCCCACCGCCCAAGAGGAACCCAGCCCUGCGUCGCCUGACUGGCCAGGAUGGCCUGGGCAUGGGCGACUCAGUCUACCACACUGUGCACUCCACCCACGUCACUCCCAGGCCAGGCCUGCCAAAGGGAUCGGGAUGACCUCCCCCCACCUUCCAGCCCGGCCCCAGACCCCGGCCUUCCAGGAGGAUGUGUACUACACCAUCCAGGGCGAGGCAGGGGUGACGCAGCACUACCAGGCAGAGGACAGCCGCUCCUGGCACCACCUACAGGAGGACCACCGCCCCCUUACCUACACCAGCAGUGAGGAUGACUCAGAGCUGGAGGAGCCCAUGUACCAGCCACUGCAAGAGUGGCCUCCCUCAGAAGCCCUCAACUCACACUAUCUCUCAGAGAGCCCCUACUCCCCCAGCGACAGCUACCCCCCACCACACUAUGUCCCCACUGAGGCUUACAACCCCCACUAUGGGGAGAUGACCCAUUACUCCCCAAGGUCCUCAAGACAUUCCUGGCACUCCCCUCCCCCUCCCUCUCCUCACUAUCCCCCCAUCUCCCCCAAGAGCCCUAAGAGCCCCCGGCAGCAGCGCCACCACCACAAGUAUUACCUUGGCGGACAUUCCACGUACCAAACCUACCAUGGCCCUGGCUUUUCCCCCAUGUCCCUCCACCCUCACUCAUGCCACGGCUCCCAAUGCUCCCCUCAGUCCCCUCACUAUCAGCUGUCGCGUCCCUGCAUGCUCCACAGUCACCCUCACUCCCCCUCUAGUCGACCAUGGCCUUCAUCUCCGGCCCAGCUCGAGAUGGGUUGUGUUUACUCUUGGACAGUAAGUUCCUGCACACAGUCACCGUUUGGGCACCGUGGGGUCCUGUCGCUGUCAGUGUGGGGGUCAUGCAUUCCCCACACCCUGUCUUGUCUUUCCCUCUGUACACCACCAACACAGUCCUCACUCCCUCACCCCACCCCCAUUCUUUGUCCACACCUUCUUUGUGAGUCUUAAAGGUUUUGAAACAUCAUCGAACUGUGGGAGACUCUGGGUGAGUCAUCCAUGCAGCCAUCCGGCCACCUCAUCCUCCCAUGCCCUAUACCUCCCUUAGCCCCGCAGAGUUGUAGCUUGUGCUUGCUAGUGCUUCUGUAGAUGCCUGUGACUAGGAAAGGCUGUAGGAGCUUGUUAAUACUACUAACAUAGAGGACAGGGUCUUCUCUCUUCGCAGGUUGUGGUAACAAUAACAUCACUAACAUUAUAGACAUACAACAACAGUGUAAUGUAGUGUUGUAGCACAGCACCUCAACAUAUGCUGUGGUCUGCAGUGUUAAUAAAGUAACAAGUGUGUUUAUUUAGGGGGAAGUAAUGUAUUUUCUUGUAGCCAUUGACUAUAUUUAAUCUUGGCAUGUGUGUGCGGCAGCUGCCACACAUCACACAACAAAGGAACAUGCAGGGAGACACCUCCAGAUUUAAAAUUGAUUAACUCUUUAUUUUUCUCUUGUAGUUAGAUUUUUUGGUGUGUUAUUAUGGGCAGGCCUUAUUUUUUUAUUUUUUUAUUUAUUUAUUUUUAUUUAUUUUUUUUAUUUAUUUAUUUAUUUUUUUUUUUCUCCUUCUAUAUACUUAUUAUAUAGCCUUUGACCAGACUCCUUAGCAUGUAAAAAAACAGGGAUGUUAAUACCUACCACAUCACCACACAAGCCUGGUGUGGACAGUGGUGGAGUGGUGUUAGGGUGAGGUGAACACUGCAUGCUCCAGUCAAGACUCAGGGACACAGAAGAGUCUGUUCAUCAAGUAUUGUGACUAAUAGUAAUGAUGAUGAGGAGUAAACAGUGUGGGGAUUUGUGGGUUGUAGUGUUGCAUUGGUGACAGGUUGUAGGGAUACACUUGUGGAUCUGUCUGGAGUGUAGUAUGUAGUGUUGUGCGUGUUGUGUGUGUAUAUGUGUGUGUGUUGGUGCGUG